AUGGGUGUGACCCAAAUCGAUCGUGUAAUACGUAAACAUUCUCUGAAUGUGAUGUUGUUUGGACGAAAUAAGGUCAUAGAUUUCGGCAGUUCGUGUUAUGAGCACCAACGUGUGUAUACUUAUAUACAGUCGAGAUUCUAUCGAGCUCCCGAAGUGAUGAUGGGUGCGAAGUACGGCAUGCCGAUAGACAUGUGGUCGCUGGGUUGUAUAUUGGCGGAACUUCUUACUGGUUUCCCCCUUCUACCCGGCGAGGAUGAAGCUGAUCAGAUGGCUUGUAUCAUUGAGCUCUUGGGCAUGCCGCCACAGAGGCUGACGGAACAGGGAAAGAGGUCCAAGAACUUUAUAAGCAGCAAAGGACUUCCUCGAUACUGUACGGCUUCCACUCUACCUGAUGGUACCACGGUGCUAAGCGGUGGUAUGUCUAGGAGAGGCAAACCCCGAGGCCUGCCAGGCUCCAAGAGUUUCGUGACAGCGUUAAAAGGCUGCCAGGAUAAAUACUUCAUCGAUUUUAUUAGACGAUGCCUAGAGUGGGAACCAGAAAAGCGUCUAACACCUGCGCAGGCGCUUCGUCAUGCGUGGCUUCGCCGGCGUCUGCCUCGACCCCCGCACGACGAAGAACCAGCGCCAACUUGUAGCGGCGGGUCGGGCGCGGCUAGAGGCGGCUCGCUGCGCACGCCGCUGGCUCGCACACCGGUCACCUUCAACGCAACGCAAGUCGCCAAAGCGAAACUCCAAGCAGCAUUAUCUGAAGAGAGCAGCGGUAUGAGUGGGUCGGUGGGCAGUGUGGGCGGUGUGAGCAGUCGCCCGCCCUCCGCGCGUCGCCUAGCCAAAGUAUCAUCCUUGGAAGCUCCUCGACGCGCAGCCGGCGUUCGUCUCGAGCUUGAGCGACGUAGUCUGGACUUAGAGAGGGAAUUGAGACACGAACGGGCUUCAGACGGCUCGCUGGACGACCGAGACCACCUCGUGUGA